AUGUUUUUGGACACCGAGAUGACGCACCAAGCGCUGUGCCAGGAGCUAGACCUGGAGCAGAGCCGGGAGGUGAGCACUUCACGUACAGAGCGCUUUUCCUGGCGCUUGAAGAUUGCGUCCCUCCUGGCUGUGACGGCAGUGCUGGGACUUUUGUUCUUCCUGCCGGAGGUCACUGCGGCCAAAAGCACAUCUCUGGAUCUGAUCUCUGAGAGUCAAAGCAGUGGUGGCCUGGAAAUCCAAGGCAUUGACCCCAAGGAGAGCCAGGCGACCAUGAAAUCCAUGCAGAAGGGAUUCCACGCUCUGGGCGAUGUCUUCGGCUCGGCCUUUGGCUCGGGAAAUUCCAAGGAAAAGCUGAGCAAGGGAGAAUCUUCUCUGGAGGAGGCGAAAGGAGCCAUGAAGAAAGCGGAGACCGCCAUGAUGAACGUCAUGCAGGAACUCCAAUCGAAGAGUGGGCACGCUCAGAAAUCUCUCUACGAUAUCUUGCGGCUGCAGCGCAACGCCAGCCUGGAUGAAAUCAAGUCAGGCUUCAAGAGGCGUGCCCUGCAAGUGCAUCCAGACAAAGGAGGAAACAAGGAAUCCUUUCAUUUGGUCUAUCAAGCAUUUGAGACCUUGUCGAACCCAGAGAGUCGCAAGAAAUACGACCAUCAGCUGGCUGCAAGCGCAAAGUCCAAAAUGUCCAAAGCAAGCGCCAAAACACAGACGGUUGCGCCGACAAGGCCCGAUGCUCCAUCCACAGCACCAAGCGGGUCAGUGGAUGAGAACUUUGCAAAUGUCGUGGAGACAAAAUUUUUGAGAAAACUCCAUGAGCUUUUGAAGCGCUUACCUCGAGAUCUACGGCAAGAAGUUUUUGAACACGACUUCUCCCAGAAGCAACGCCUGCUUUUGGAGAAGUGGAUGGUAGGUGCUCCAGCUGAUUCGGUGCCCAUGUUGACGCAGGGCUCCAACAGAAAGCAGCACAAUGAGGAAGAUUUGGAACAGUGCCGUUUGCCCUGUUCCGAGGGGAAAGACUCCAAGAAACCCAAACGCUUCAAACGGACGGCCGGAGGUCUGAACAAAUACUUCGGAUCAAGCCAGAGAUAUUUCGCCAAGAUCACUUUCGAUCAGGUCAUGUUGCAUACUGGAGAAGCUGACUUGCCGACAACACUGGAGUUCUUGGUCAUUCUUACAUCCAUCAAACAUAAGAUGCAUUUUUGCACCCGCCGGACUUUCGAAGAACGUUUGCAAGAUGCAGUGGCGUCGUCAGCGCAAGAGCACGGACGCAAUAGUGAAGAACUUGGUCUUCGCUUUGCAGUGUUUUUGCAAUCCAGUUUCUUCCUCGGUUUGCCUGUCCUGAAAUCUCCGACAGUUCGGAGUUUAGAUGAUUUGAAGAAGCUUCGCAGCUGCAUUGCGCCCUUUCGAGACGGUAUCCGAACGUGGGGAGGCGGACGAUCGAGUCUUAUUUGGCACUAUGGCCUUGUGGAAUUGGAAGAGCGGUGGCAACUGCUGCAGGACGCAGUAAAGAAUAUGUGGGAAGGUGUUGGUAUGGAUAGCACCAGGCCUCUAGAAAAACUUCGUGGCUGGUAUGACUCCAACUCCGCGAAGCGCAACAAGCAUUUGGAGUUUUGGGAACUGCAACAUAUGGCUGUGAAUGACAAGAAUGAACAUCGGCCGCAAAGAUUGCGUGCGAAAAAAGAGUAUAAGAAACGUCGAAGUGCCGAUAAAAUGGCUAGUGACAGGGUGAUUGCUGUCCGCAGGUUGCUUCAAAGAUGGAAAAAGCUGUUACAAAAGAAGGCACAGCGACUAGAGUCGCAGAGAUUGAAGCUGCUGCGACAGCGGAAGAAACAGCGACGGGAGCAAAAGAGGCAGGCGAAGCUGGCAAAACGGAAAGCGAAAACUCAGAGGCACAAAGCGCAAUGA